GUAUUAGUUCUCGGUAGUGUUUGACAGGCAAUUCGCCGUGCUGUUUUUGCGAUGCACAAUAAACAUAAAUCAUUAUUUUUUUUUUAUUUUAAAAUGUCUAUCAUCGUUUCAUUACAACGUUAAGGAUAAUAUUAUUGUAUUGCCGUCGACUGAAAUUUAUCAUUUCCGUGCAAUUGUAAUGAUUUCAAAAAGUUUCAGUUCGUCGUCCACAAUAACCUACCUAUAUCGACUCGCGUACCAGUCAUCGUCCAAUGUUUGGACAGAAUUAGAAAAGCUCCAGUUGGCUGAAGCCAUCGACAUGUAUGGAAUUGGUAACCUGACUCGAAUAGCUACACGCGUACCCACCAAAAAGCUCAAACAUGUGGAGCAAAAGUUGCGCCAGCUUAAAAUCGAAUGUCGGAAAGAGGCUGAGUGCUCAGACAUGAAGGUCAUGCGGUUCGUCAACCUCAACGAAAUGGAUGACUUGUUCCUUGCUGGUGGAACCAAGCCCAAGGACGUGAUGGUCAAGUGGAUGGAGUACCUAGAGACGUUUUACAAGGAUCCGUGUCAGUUCGACAAGUUCAAACUAUUUUCCAGCGCAUUUUUGAUAAUGUCAGAAUGUACGCCUCCGCCGGAAACGACCUCGGACGCCUCAAAUAACGUCAUAGACUUCAGGAAAGUGUACUAUUUUUUAUACCGCGUCUUCAACAACUAUUACGUGGGGAAAAAUUACAAAGACACCAAAAUAACGAACUACCUACACGAAAUGUUCUUGCGCGUGUUGGACGAAAUCGAGUAUACGUCCGACGAUGAGAAAAUUGCCAUGUACAACAUCGUAUCCAAUUGGACCAGUGUCAACAGGGAUGAGUCGCUAAAAGUGUACGGGAAAUCUUUUGGAACCGAGACUAAACAAACGGAAUUGGAUACCAGAUUGAAUUUGAAGACGCCCGGGUUCAAGGUGUUACAGCAUCCAAUGAUUCCGAGUUUCAAUCCACUUCACAUUCAGUCCAACACGCCGUUAUAAUAAAUGUUAUUCCUUAUAAGACUACUACAUUUAAAUUUGUUAAGCUCAUAACCUUAAUAUUUAACGAAAAUUUUA